AUGACAGCAGCCUGGGGCAGUGGCCCAGGCUUCCUCCAGCACAGCUGCAGAGAGGCCCCUGCCCUCGGGGGCGCUGAGGAGCUCGCCAACAACAAGGCCACACUGGUGUGUCUCAUGAGUGACUUCUACCCGGGCAGCGUGACGGUGGCCUGGAAGGCAAAUGGCAGCCCCGUCACCCAGGGCGUGGAGACCACCAAGCCCUCCAAGCAGAGCAACAACAAGUACGCGGCCAGCAGCUACCUGAGCGUGUCCAGCCAAGCCUGGAAGUCCGCCAGCGCCUACAGCUGCCAGGUCACGCACGACGGGAAGACUGUGGAGAAGACAGUGGCCCCCUCAGAGUGUUCCUAGGACCUGAGUCCCCACUUCUGGGGACACUUCUCAGUCAGAGGCUCCCUUUCCCCACUCCCCACUGUCCCCCUGCGGCUCCUGCCCUGGUCGCUCACAUUGGGCAGGUAGUCAUCCCUCCCCGUUUCCCCUUCUCCUGAAUAAACUCCUGUCAUUUCUCAUCUGA